UGAGCUAACCCUUCGUCGCCUUUCUUUAUUUAUUUUAUAAUAAUAAAAAGGAAAAUAAAAUCUUCUCCUUCGGAUCAAUUGGUUUAUAAUUAAUUGAGAUAGGAGAAAUUAGAUAAAGAAGAAUGGUUCUCUGAUAAAAAUUUCCGUUUGUUUCCUGAGCAAAUCUCGGGAAGGAAUACCCUUUUUUUCCCCCUGUUGUUAACUCGUUGUGAUUGUGAAGCUUUCUUUAAGAGAAUCCUAGUUAACUCGACGCGUUUACCCAGAAAGAGGUGAAGAUGUCAACUCCUGCAAGGAAGAGAUUGAUGAGGGAUUUUAAGAGGUUGCAGCAAGAUCCUCCUGCAGGAAUUAGUGGUGCACCUCAAGAUAACAACAUUAUGCUUUGGAAUGCUGUUAUAUUUGGACCUGAUGACACCCCAUGGGAUGGAGGUACGUUUAAGCUGACUCUUCAGUUUACGGAGGAUUAUCCAAACAAACCACCAACUGUUCGUUUUGUAUCCCGAAUGUUCCAUCCAAAUAUUUAUGCUGAUGGUAGCAUCUGUUUGGACAUUCUACAAAAUCAGUGGAGUCCAAUUUAUGAUGUAGCUGCAAUACUGACAUCUAUUCAGUCAUUGCUUUGUGAUCCAAAUCCUAAUUCCCCUGCAAAUUCUGAAGCUGCUCGGAUGUUUAGUGAGAACAAGCGCGAAUACAAUAGGAGAGUACGUGAGAUAGUCGAGCAGAGUUGGACUGCUGAUUGAUCUCUCAUGUUGGAUUUCCAUAGUCAGAACAAAGCGUGGAUACAUUAGGAGAGCAUGUGAGACUGUCAAGCAUAGUUGGACUGCUGAUUGAUAGCUCAACGUUUGGUUUGGUUUCUAUGGAACGUCAAAAAUAGUCCAAUGUCCUGUCUAAAUAACAUUGAACACCGCAAAUGUGUUGCAAACUACUUUGUCUUUAUUAUGUUGUUUGUGUUAAGAAAAUGAACGCUGUUCCUUGGGCAGCAUAUUUCAUCUAGUACUCCAAGCAUAAAUAAACCCUAAGUCCCAAGUAAAUCAAACUUGAAACUUCCAUUGGGAAGCUUCUUGGUGA